CAUUUAGCCCAUACCCGCCUGCGGUCACACUAAUCCCACACGAUAAUAAAAACGCCUGAAAUUGUUUAAUUUUUUGUAAAUAAGACUGGGAUAAGAAUUGCAGGAGGCACGGUCGCCAUGAAUCAGUUCCACACGCCCUCGUUCGGCGACGUGUUCGAGCUGAACGACACACCGUCGGAGAGUCCGAGCCCCAGCCAAGCAUCGCGGAGAAUGCUUAGCCUGGAUCAGUCCAUGUUGAACGAUGACGAUGACGAGGAGGAUUGCGACACAUAUGGUAGCGGUGGAGGUGGAAUAGUUGGAGGACAGAGCCUAGUGGCUCAGCCACAGCAGCAGCAGCAGCAGCUUCAACCACAGGCACCACCCAAACCACUGGCGCCCUUUGCCCUGUUCUUCCGCGACACCGUGACGGCCAUCAAGCAGCAGAAUCCCGCCUGCUCGCUGGAGAAGAUGCAGUUGAUCGUCCAGACCAUGUGGGACUCCCUGGACGAGACGCAAAAGACCGUCUACAGUCUGCGGCAUGAGCAGGAGAAGCGUGACUAUGUGCGUCUGAUGCGGGACUACCGUCAUCAGCUGUCCGAAUCGGAGGCCACGUCGGAGCUGGAAACAGCACCACCAGCUGUUGCUCCCCCACAGUCGGUCGUUGUGCCGCCGCCCCUGGACACACCCAAAGUGGAGGCUGUCGAGGAGCCAGCGCAGCCUGCUCCGGAGCAAAUACAACUCCUGACCGAGGCGGCCACCGUGCAGAAGUGCACCCGGGAGCAGUGCAACAAGCCGGCCAUCAUCAAUCCGGACUGGGAGGACGAAUACUGCAGCAACGAGUGCGUGGUCAUCCACUGCCGGAAUGUGUUCAACGACUGGGUGCUUACCAUGAAGUCCUAGCCUUUGUGUGGCAACGCCACCGCCCACUUAAGCUUAGUCUAGAUUUUAGCCCUCACUCACACGCUGUACUGUCCGUAUAUUACCUAGGAAUAUACGACUGAGUAAGCAGUAAGCGAUACUAUAGUCCCAGUUUCGGUUGUAAUUAGCAUCUGUGUGGAGUCUGAAUGAAUGCGAUACACGCUUUGUAUGAUACUUUAAUUGUAGUAAAUAAAUCAUAGCACUAGCAAUAAUUCAGAAUACAAACACUAACUUUAGAAAGUAUUUGGUAUGAGACCUUAGGCCAUUUUAUUGUGGAAUGUCAUUUAGCAAAUGCAUUUAAUAAAUUUAUAUUGUUUUUGAAAGCCUUUUUAGUUCAUAAUCAUUUUUGACCUCUUGUUUCAAUUCCCAAGACCAAUUCAAAUAAAAGUCCACUCUUAUAUGGUAACUUUUAAUAAAUACACACAUUUAUUUCUCUUGCACUUCAUAUCAAUAUAUCAAUGCCGUUGCUUACAAAAAUUCACUUUCGCUCGUUCUACAUUUACCAAAUAAUUAAAAUGUAUAAAUUAUUUUUUUAAAAUAAUAUGUUAAAGACGUUUCCUCGGUUGCCUUGCUGAAGUAAUGCGCCAUUGUUAAGAGUACGAGUUAAAUAAACAACAGUAUAAAAAAGAUCAAGCUUAAAA